AUGCAUCUUAGCCUCCUCACAGCGUUUAAAGCCGCUCAUCUCCGCCUGCUGCUGGUCUCCUCGUCAGGUUCCUGUUCCUGCUCACCUGUGGACUCUCACCUGUCUGAACGUGCUGCUCUCACCUCCUGUCUUCAGGUGAGUCCGGACAGGUCUCAGUUCUUCAAAUACGGGACUAUCGUUAUGAGCUGCGAGGAUCAGCUGAACUCCACCGGCUGGAAGGUGAAGAGGAAAACAUUGGAGGGCGGGAUCCGACCCUGCGCCUCCAGCUGGGGCUCUGCGUCCUCCGGCUCCACCUGCAUCAUCAGAAACGCCUACCCAUCAGACACCGGGGUGUACUGGUGUGAGUCUGAGGACGGGGCAAGGAGCAACGCCAUCAACAUCACCAUCAGUGAUCGUCAGGUGCUCCUUGAGAGUCCUGCCCUCCCCGUGUCAGAGGGAGCUGCCGUGACUCUGCUCUGCAAAGCCGAGUCGCACUCCGUCAUCCACACAUUUGAUUUCCAUAAAGACGGCCACUCUGUCGGCAGCAGCUCCACGGGAGAGCUGACCAUUCACAGCGCUUCCAAGUCUGAUGAAGGACUCUACACAUGCAGCAUCCCCGGAGUUGGAGAGUCAGUUGGCAGCUGGGUGGCCGUUAAAGGCUCUCUUACUCCUUCAGCUUCAGCUCCGCCCACAGGUACCUGUUCAGUUUCUGUCUUCAGGCUGGUGUGUCACCUGGUGGUGGGAGCACCUUACCUGCUGUCCACCAUCUUACUAGGACUCAUAUACAGAGACAGGAACAGAGCAGCUCGGAUGAUCGCAAAGAGAAGAGGGAGCAACGAUGUCAUCAUGGAAAUAGCUGUAUAGUCUUACAAUUUGUAAAAAUGGCAAAGAAAUUCUGCUUCAGUUGCACCAUCGGCGUGUCAGAUACCAGCAAAGUGACAAUUUAGAAGAGUUUACAAAGCUUUGUGACCUCCAUGAAUCCUGGCUAAAUAUGUAUACUUUGAUUUCUGUUAACCUUUAAACCAAUACUAGACUUCUGUUAAGCUGAAAACUAAA